UGGUGUUUUGUUGACAUUUGUUUGUGAAAGACAAAAAAAAAAACCCAGUAGGCACGCGUAUGGGAUCGCUUAUAUUUGUUGGGAAUCAGCUAACUGGGAGACUAAAGAGCGAAUAUAGUUACUGAAAUACUUGGGGGUUUUAAAGGAGCUCAUACAAAGACUUAUCUCAAACCAAACCAGAAAGAAGAUCAGGAUCAGCAUCAGGACAGAGCAAGUCGGGAACAAAACAAACCGUGUCACCCUGACUACACACGGGCCGAAUCAUUUACAAGCUAACCGGCUGCCAUUCUCUCGGCUUUAUUUGUAAUCUUUUAUAAACGCAACUAACAUUCAGGACUAAAUUAACAAAGGCAACGCGCACUAAAUUCUUAACUCAAACGCUGUAUUUACGUGUAAUCAUGGUGAUUUAAGGUCAUACAAGCGCUGUCGGUCAGUCUAGCUAGUUAGCAAUCUAAUGUUAGCUUUUCUUACCCUUAUUUGAACUGCUUGAGCUGCUUAUUAGCUACAGAAUGUAGCCUCGGUCCUCUGUCUCUGCUCGUUUCGUGUUAGUGUUUGCUAUAAACAGUUUGUGGUGACUAAAGAAUGAAGCACAAUGGCUAACUUUGAAGCAUACCAGGAGUAUCAGAGAAUUGAGGACUACGAGGAGGACUCUCCACCAGGAGAAGAAGACUUAUUGGUCCAUGUCCCCGAAAGUCUAAAAGACUCAUGGCACCAUAUCAAGAACUUGGAUAAUUUCUUUACAAGAAUUUAUCACUAUCAUCAAAAAAAUGGCUUUGCCUGUAUGAUGUUGUCAGAAUUCUUUGAACUCAUUCAGUUUCUGUUUGUUGUCACAUUCACUACAUUCCUUGUCAACUGUGUGGAGUAUGAUGUCCUCUUUGCCAAUCGAGCAGUGAACCACACCGGGCAAGGCCAGAACCCUUAUGAAAGAAACAAAGUGACACUUCCGGAUGCCAUUAUACCAAGCCAGCAGUGCACACAGAGGAUACAAGACAACAGCUGGAUCAUAUUCCUUCUGAUAAUGGCUGCCACCUUCUGGAUCUACCGACUUAUCAAAGUCUUCUGCAACAUUUUGAGCUACUGGGAGAUCAGGCAGUUUUACAUCAAAGCACUGAAGAUUAAAAUGGAUGAACUAUGCAACUUUACGUGGCAGGAAGUCCAGGAUCGGCUCAUCAGUUUGCAGAGGGAACAGCAAAUGUGCAUUCACAAGAAAGAGCUGACAGAACUUGACAUAUAUCACCGCAUCCUGCGUUUCAAGAACUACAUGGUGGCCAUGAUAAACAAAUCGCUGCUGCCAGUUCAUCUGCAGCUCCCCCUGCUGGGCAAUGUGGUCUUCUUAACCCAAGGCCUCAAGUACAACUUUGAGCUCAUCCUUUUCUGGGGUCCCGGCUCUCUGUUUCAGAACAAAUGGAACCUGCACCCUAAGUACAAGCGCAGUGGAAAUCGCCUUGAGCUGGCUCAAAAGCUGAGCAGAGUGAUCCUGCUGAUAGGCUUGGCCAAUUUGCUGCUGUGUCCUUUCAUCCUGGUGUGGCAGGUGCUUUACGCUUUCUUCAGUUAUACUGAAGUGAUCCGCAGGGAGCCUGGAAGUUUGGGCGCACGCCGCUGGUCCCUCUACGGCCGUUUAUACCUGCGGCACUUCAACGAGCUGAACCACGAGCUGCAUGGACGAUUGGGUCGUGGCUACAAACCCACUUCAAAAUACAUGAACUCCUUCACGUCGCCGCUCCUGGCUGUUCUCGCCAAGAAUGUUGCUUUUUUCUCAGGGUCGGUGCUGGCUGUUCUCAUUGCACUGACUGUCUAUGAUGAGGACGUUCUUACAGUGCAGCACAUUCUGACCGCUAUCACUGUGCUGGGUGUAGUUAUCACUAUAACCAGGUCUUUCAUCCCGGAUGAACAUAUGGUUUGGUGUCCGGAGCAGCUUCUGCAGUGCGUGUUGGCUCAUAUCCACUACAUGCCAGAUCACUGGAGGGGGAACGCAAACAAGAGCGAGACCCGUGACGAGGUGGCACAGCUGUUCCAAUACAAAGCGGUAUUCAUUUUGGAGGAACUUCUAAGCCCUAUUGUUACUCCCUUCAUUCUCAUAUUCCUCCUGAGAAACAAAUCCCUAGAAAUCAUCGACUUCUUUAGGAACUUCACUGUGGAAGUCGUUGGAGUUGGGGAUAUCUGCUCCUUUGCUCAGAUGGAUAUUAGGCGGCAUGGAAACCCAACAUGGAUGUCAGAUGGCCAGACGGAGGCUUCUGUAUAUCAACAGGCUGAGAACGGCAAGACUGAGUUGUCCCUCAUGCAUUUCACCUUAAAAAACCCCCGCUGGCAGCCGCCUCAGGAGAGCUCGCUGUUCAUCAGCCACUUAAAGGAGAAGGUGCAGCAUGACGCACAGGGUGGGCCUUCAACACAGUUGUUGCUCUCAGAGGCCCCUCUGUGCACCUCGCUGCACUCCAACGAGUCUGGCACCGGGCCUGAAAGUCUUGUAGCCAGCGUCCUGGCCCACCCCAUCCUCACUGCAUCCGGACUACAAGGGCGAGACCAUCGUUUCGUCCCGCCCAGCUCUGCUGCAUCUGCCGCAGCCAGUGUCCUGGCCUCUUUGUCCACCUCUCAUCAUGCACAUCCAAGCCGAAGCCGACCCCAUGUCCUUUUGCCCUCCUCCGUUUACCCUGAGGCCACCAUGUACCGCAGUGACCGCACCGUCAUUAACAGCAUGUCUAACAGCGACUCUCGCAUCCGGAGCAAUGCACUGCACUCAGAGUUUGCCUCAGCAGAGAUGAGCCUUCAUGCCAUUUAUAUGCAUGAGCUCCAUCAGCAGACCUCCCAUCCACAGAGGACCUCAGGACACUGGCAGAGUUCAGUGCCAAUGAGAGAUCUUCACACAAACACAGGUUUUCAUGCUCAUAGCUCUCAUAGUUCCAACAUUUCCAUGCCAGCCCCUGCUCAACUUGGUGGCUGGAAAGAGGAAGAAGAAGAGGAUGAAGAUGAUCAGGAGAUUAACAGUGGAUCUUCUCCAAAAAAGGCCACACCACUCAGUUCAUAAGGUGCCUUUGUCAUAAGUGUUUACAUUUUCUUUCUUCGCUGAACAUUGUGGCCUUAAAUGACCUUCAUGGAGAGUUUAGUGCAGACCUUUAAAACAUCAUGUAGUGGGAAGGGUCUGCCGAUGAAUAACCACUGUUUUCGCACCUCUACACCUCAUCGUGUCAUAUCAGGGAGUCUAUGGCAUCAGGGAUUCCAUAUGUCUUCCAUCCUUUUUAUCAUGGUUUUAUCAUUAACUUGUACAAAGUUCAUUUGGACGUGUAGAGUCUGCGUGAUAUUGGAUGUAAGCAAUUUUAUGGUGACGUUAAAAAACCUCAUAACUUCGGCUGUGCUUGUUUCUGCACAAAUUCUCCAAAUACUUGCGCAUCACAAGGGUUUUCAGAAUGGCGUGUACAUCUAUGCUACAACUUGACCAUCUGAAAAGUACAACAUUUCAAUAUGUUUUUUUUUACCCUUGUGACAUGUAAAUAGACUGUGUAUUACUCCUCCUUUAAUAGGUCUUUUUUUUUUUUUUUUACAAAUACCAGAUCAAUUUACUAAAGAGCUGCCAAGUAUUUAUUUAUUGAAAAGCUGACUACAAUACUUUUAAUAUCUGAAUAUAAAACAUCUACAGACUUCAUUGACAUAAUUUCAUGCUGUUUUCCAUGUUUAAUGGGCCUAAAUCCACAUUUUGCUUAGUAUUACUAGUUCAGAUGUUUAAGGACUUUUGGUUUUUUCUUAUGAAAUGAGCAUUAAGUAUUCUUGCAAUUAAAAUCCCACGGCAGACAGGUGAUGCCUGUUAGGUCAGUUUAUUGCUUAUUUAUAUGCUAAAACAAGUAUCUAAAAACCAGUUCUCUGUAUUACCUCGAUGGCAGUGAUGAAUUUAGGCUACAGUCAAUAUCUCUGCACAAAUGCAUAAACUACUUUCAGAAUUUAAUUGCAUAUAUAAAUUGUAAUAAUUAGAUUUGCUUUCCAUAUUUACUAAGCAGAUAAGAUGAGCUUUAAUAUUUUUUUAAUAAUUGGGGCAUUUUGCUUUUCAAAUCUGUGUUAGGUAAAUUUUUUAUUAAUAUUGGUCUUCCCGAAGUUGUUACAUAAAUAUGAAAUGUCAUCAAAAGGGGCUGGUUUUUAAUCUUUUAUUAUGAUGUUUACAGAUGCUCUCCAACAUUGCUGUUUCAAAGUAGUCUCAAAAAAAUAUAGACUGUACUGGCAACAACAGGUAUUGGCUUUAAGAAUAUGUAUUACUUUUGUUACCCAAAUAUUUAAAAGUUAAAAGCAUACAUGUUACGUAUAUAGAAAAAACCAAGAUUUGUUUUUAGACAAAUAAUUUAACAAUAAAAAAAAAUUCCCCAUCCCUACGAGGUGGUAAGUCAUUUAUUCAGAUUUUAUUAGUAUCAUCAAACAACACGGCCACCUGCAUGAUGUUAAAGCAAUGGUGGUUCUUGCAUGAAGCCUCAGCAUGAGAUGUAUUGUAAUUUCCCGACAAGAAGGAAAAUACCGUUCUCCAACCAAGUUAGGUCACUCUAAAUAUGCACCUGCUUGUGUUUUGCAUUGAAAGUGAAUUUUGAGAUGUAAUUUUCACAUGUCGUACCUUUUGUGUAGAAGACACUCUGGAGCUGAUUUGUGUGCACAGAGUUCAUACAAUCUCCGUUUAUUGUUGGCCAUUUAAAUCAUAAGCAGUGCCUUAGUGUUACGGAUUAGCAUUUGCUCUUUUAGAAAGCCAUGCCAUCUAAACCAACAAAUCUACUUUUAUAGACUUAGCAGCACACAUAAUGUACAGUAUUUUCUGAUGAGCAGCUCAUAUGUGGAUAUAGCAUCAAGUAAGUUGUGGGUGUUGCUCGUACGAUUAGCCCUCAUGUCAGUCAGUCUUUUCUAUCUCCAGGACGCUGCUUCCUGUCAUGGUGUUUGGGUUUAUAUAACCAACAGAGGCAGGACUUUGUCUUUUGUCUGACCUAAUGGACAAACCCCAUACCAUCCUUUCUUAUCAACUACUCACCAGUCAAAAUAUUGCAGAGACUGGAACAAGGUGCUAUUCAGAGAUGAUGAAUAUUAUGCUUGCAAAUAGUUUUUGUUCGUUUGUUUCUUACAACGUUUGGUUUUGUUCUGUAAAUUAGGCAUUAUCUGACAAAGGAAACAUGCCAAAAUAAUUUGUUUUCUGCACAGCUUUACUAUACAUGUUCCCUGUUUGUGAGUAGAGACUGAUAAAUCCUAUUUUGAGUGUAUUUAAUCAUUUGAUGUGUGUGUGAUGUGUGUUGAAAUGUGUUCUUGAAAUAAACAAAAGCUCUCAAUUUUC